CCAACCCGUCCUCUCGAAAGGUAACUACCGGUACAAUAUCUCCAUCUAUGCUUAGACUCCUCCUUCUCUGUAUCCCAGCGAUGCCUCUGGCCAUUAUGGUGGGCUCAUGUCUUUGCCCCCUAUAGCCCCACAGCUACCAUUACUCAGACGGAAACUGCUACGAUGACCACCAUUGGCACCUUUAUUCUCACCUUGAAAGUUCCUCCAAUCACCACGAUAACUCUAACAAGUAACGAAGAAAGACGCCUAAGGAACGAACGGCUUUCAAGAGAGUCAAGGGAAUAUAGAGAAAAGGUUCGCCUCGAGAUGCAAGAGCGGGACCGGGAGCGUGAAGCUGAGGAAGCGGCAAAGUUGCUGGAGGAGAAAGAGCAAAAAGCAAAGCCUGGGGUGUUCAGGCAGUAUUGUUUGCUGCUCAUUGUGUGCUCGCUAUCUGCUUUGACGGCUUCGUGUGUAGUAGGAAAUUGGGCCGAUAUUCAAGCUUGGUUUGCCGAAACGAGCUCAAGCUAAGGAGUGUGAAAUGCGGAACUUCUCGUCUUCUCGAACUAGAUCCAAGGCUGGGAGAUCUUCGUGUUCAGAAGCACGGAAGAGUGAGUUCUCUACCAAGGGAUAUGGGUCUCGAGAUUGAUGCUUCUAAGGGAAAGGUCGGCUGGAAAGUACGAAGCAUUACUAGCUUAUAAAGUUCAUCCCAGAAGCUUGAACA